ACGGUUGAACAAGACCAUUCAACGCAGGACAAAGAAAAAAAAAGAUUCUAAACAAGAGAGCCAUGGAUCCUCCAAGUCAAGUCAAUGAAGACAGUGAAAUAAUACCAGACCAAGAAGAAGAAGAAACAGCUCGGUUGCUCCUAAAAAAAGUGACCCCACCAAUCCUUCUGAAGGAAUCAGCAGGUGAUAACUCUUGCUCUAUCUUCAGAAUCCCUCACACUCUUGGGCGAGCCAACAACACAGCUUAUGCACCCAAGAUAGUCUCGAUAGGCCCUUAUCACCAUCCCGAUGACAAAGAACAUGGACAUCUCAAGAUGAUCGAAGAGCACAAGCAGCGUUAUCUGGAGUUAUUCGUGUCAAAGACCAAGGAGAAUGGCGUCAGUCUUAGCCACUUAGUCAAAGUAGUCUCGGAUAUGGAACCGAAGAUAAGAGAUUCUUAUUCCGAGAAUCUUGAACUUAGUCAAGAAAAGCUGACCAGGGUGAUGCUUCUUGAUAGUUGUUUCAUUCUUAUGCUAUUUCUUGUGGUCACGAGAGAGUUUGAGUACAAGAACUUCACCGACCCUAUUUUCAAGAUGAGAUGGAUACUGCCUACUAUUCGGAGUGAUCUUCUCCUUCUCGAAAACCAGGUUCCUCUCUUUCUUCUUAAUAAAAUUUUAGAGACAUCAAAGUUAGCUUCAUCCACAAGCUUAAACGAGAUGGCCUUCGAGUUCUUCAGCUAUUCGAUAAGAAAACCAGACGCAUUCUGGGAGAAACAUAAGAAUCUUCGGGCAAAACAUCUUCUUGAUCUCAUUCGCAAGACUUUCAUACCCAUCGUGUCUCCACCAACCACCCAAAGACAUUGCUGCAUCGAUAUUUCAAGUGGUUUUGGUGGGAAAACAAGACCAACUACACUCAAAAACACUUGUUCAAGUAAGAAAGGCAGUUCAAAGGGGAGCACUGGAGCACAAACAUCAUCACCUCCCAGCCCUUUUCUUCGUCUGAUUGUCUCAGCCAAGAAGCUUCGUCUUCGAGGAAUUAAAUUCAAGCGGAGGAAGAAUGUAGACACGCCGUUAGACAUAAGUUUCAAGAACGGUUUGCUUGAGAUACCAUUACUAGUCUUUGAUGAUUUUAUGAGCUCUGUUUUAAUCAACUGCGUCGCCUUCGAGCAGUUCAACAUGAGAUGCUCAACUGAGAUCACAAGCUACGUAGUUUUCAUGGGUUGUCUGAUAAACAUAGAAGAGGAUGCAACUUUCUUAGUGGAGAAAGGGAUCAUAGAGAACUACUUCGGGACGGGUGAACAAGUUUCUCUCUUCUUCAAGAACAUCGGGAAAGACAUCUCGUUCAGCAUAUCUAAGAGUUAUUUAUCAAAGGUGUUUGAGAGAGUGAACAAGUACGCUUCAAAAGGAUGCCAUGUACACUGGGCUGGGUUCAAGUACACACAUUUCAACACUCCAUGGACGUUUUUAUCAUCUUGUGCUGCUUUGCUGCUGCUUCUACUUACCAUAUUCCAAGCCUUCUUUGCAGCCUUCGCUUAUUUUCGUCCUCCCAAGAACAAUUGAACGGGAAAACUGGAAGAUCUCUUUUUCUCAGAGUGAUAUUGAUCGAAUAGUUAAACUGAAACCUGCUUGGGGAGCAAAUGAUACCUACGAAUGGGUUCAUGGUCUGGUUGUUUUACUGUGAAGUCGGAUUACUGGUUGGCUAGUGUGCUAGAUCAAUCAGAUGUCCGUAGAAAGGCUGUGGCAAGGCUUUCUUUUAAUGUCUUAAAACAGCAGAGUGUGGAAAGUGGAUACUGCACCCAAGAUACGUAAUUUUAUGUGGAAGGCUCUCUCGAACGCACUGGCGGUGAGUGACGAGCUUUUGGCUAGGGGUCUCUGCCGUGGAGGAUGCUUCUCCAGCCAUGCGAGC